AUGCACUACUUUAGAGUACCGAGGGCAUACUGGAAGGACCGACUGUACAAGAUCAAGAUGGCCGGCCUCAACGCCGUUGCCUUCUACAUCGAGUGGAGCGGACACGAGCCGGAGCCGGGAGUGCACAACUUCAUCGACGACUACGAUCUGGACGCCUUCUUGGAGGAGAUCAAGGAACAAGGUCUCCUAGCCAUAGCUCGCCCGGGCCCGUACAUCUGCGGGGAGCGGGACAACGGAGGAUUCCCGUACUGGCUACUCAGAGAUCACCCCAAGAUGGCGUAUCGAAGCAGCGACAAGAACUUCGUUGCGGCAGUGGACCGGUGGUUCGCGAAGCUCCUCCCUAUGCUGGUACCACACCUGUACCGAAACGGUGGCCCGCUCUUCGCCGUGCAAGUCGAGAAUGAGUACGGCCACUACGACAAGUGCGACACAGCGUACAUGGAACACCUGCUGACCAUCAUGGAGUCUCACAUGGGUGCGUGA